AAUAAACGGCAUGUCGAUCAAGUGCCAGAAGCUCUCAAGGCGACAGUGCUUGUCGUUUUAGGCACCCCAUUUUCCGUUAGCCCAACAAAGUUUUCAAAUUUCUGUUAAUUCUCUAAUAAGCCAUUUCUCUCUACCACCAUCACUAGAUCCACUACCACAUGAGGAAAGCUUGCCGCGAGGUGGAGCGGCGAGUCCUCCGCCUCCUCCACGGCCACAAAACCCGAACCCAACUCCCCCAAAUCCACGCCCACUUCCUCCGCCAUGGCCUCGACCAAUCCAACCAAGUCCUCGCACACUUCGUCUCCGUUUGCGGGGGCCUUCACAAAAUGGAUUACGCAAAUCGCAUCUUUUGCAGAACCCACUACCCAAAUAUCCUCCUCUUCAAUUCCAUGAUCAAAGGGUAUUCACGACGUGGACCCUUUGAGCAAUCCCUCCACUUGUUUUCCCGUUUGAAGAGUCGUAGCAUUGGGCCUGAUGAAUAUACGUUCGCGCCUUUGCUUAAGUCGUGUUCGGGUCUUUGCGAUUUAAAACUCGGGCAAUGUGUUCACGCGGAGAUUGUUAGGGUCGGGUUUGAGCGUUUUAGUUCUAUUCGGAUUGGGAUUGUCGAGUUGUACGUGACGUGUGAGAGAAUGGACGAUGCUAAGAAGGUGUUCGAUGCAAUGUAUCAUAGAGAUGUGGUUGUUUGGAAUUUGAUGAUUCGAGGGUUUUGUGAGGUGGGUGACAUUGACAUGGGGUUAUAUUUUUUUGGGCAAAUGAGCGAGCGGAGCAUUGUUUCUUGGAACUCGAUGAUUUCUUGCUUAUCACAGAGUCGGCGGGAUAGUGAGGCUUUGGGAAUUUUUAGUGAAAUGUUGGAUCAUGGUUUUGAACCUGACGCGGCAACUGUGGUCAUUGUGUUGCCUGUUUGUGCUCGUUUUGGGGCCAUUGAUGUUGGGCAGUGGAUACACUCCUACUCUAUUUCUAGAGGGCUUCUGCAAAAUGUUAUUUCUGUGGGUAAUUCACUUGUAGAUUUUUACUGUAAAUGUGGAAAUUUGGAAAUGGCAUGGAAUAUUUUUAAUGAAAUGUCUUGCAAAAAUGUUGUUUCAUGGAAUGCGAUGAUCUCAGGUCUCGCACUUAAUGGGAAAGGUGAGAUUGGGGUCAACUUGUUUGAGGAGAUGAUGAACAAAGGUGUGAGUCCUAAUAGUUCAACUUUUAUAGGCGUUUUAGCAUGUUGUGUCCAUACAGGCCUUGUGGAAAGAGGGCGGGAGUUGUUUGCUUCUAUGACAGCAAAUCACCAAAUCCAGCCAAAAACUGAGCAUUAUGGGUGUAUGGUUGAUCUUCUUGGGCGUAGUGGAUAUGUGGGGGAGGCUCAUGGCUUGAUUAGAAGCAUGCCCAUGAAGUCAAAUGCUUCUUUAUGGGGUGCAUUGCUCAGUGCUUGCCGUACUCAUGGUGAUGUAGAGCUUGCGGAAGUUGCAGUUAAAGAGCUGAUCAAUCUUGAACCAUGGAACUCUGGUAAUUAUGUGCUCUUGUCAAAUAUAUAUGCAGAAGAAGGGAGGUGGGAUGAGGUUGAGAAGGUCAGGGUUUCAAUGAAGGAAAAGUGCGUCACGAAAGCACCAGGGCAGAGUGUUAUUGGAUGAUUAUUGAAAUUUUGGUUUGUCGAGGAAGUCUUUUUUCUUUGCUGGUGUCCUAGAUAUAUCAUCUUUCCUUUGUCUUGAGACUUUCCAUCUGCACCAUGAAUGAAGAUAUAUAAGCUGGAUGUUUAUGCAAUUGACUUUCAGCAAAAGCAAAGGAGGCUGAUUGCUUUGGGCAUCUGUCUUGAUCCUGGUCAUAAUUUCGAAGAGGGUGUUGAAAAUGGGAGCAUGAAGCAGAAAAGGAAGCUAAUUUGCUGAUUGGGGUAAGGGAAGUUAGAACUAGGAUUUUUGUGGAGAGAAUACACAAAGAAAUACGUUAAGAGUUUAAGAAUAUCCAGCUAGGUGUAUAUCUUCCAGUCAAGUUCGAAAUGAAAAUAUGGGGGAUGAGAAAAUGAGAAUUUUAUGCAAGAAUUGAUAUAAAUCUUCCUGUUAAUUACUU